GAAGGCAGCAGUCAUGUGUGUUUACGUUGUGAGUACGAGGAGGAUUAUGGGUAAAGCAUGGGGUGACUUGCAUAAGGUUACCAAAGGCAACAGUGACAAUGGUGGCCGUUUUAGCCCCUGUCUGCAGUAUAGAAGCCGCCGGUAAAGCCUCUCCGCUCUGAUGCAGCGGAUCUCCAGCCUCGUUGCAUGCCGGGAGCUCAGCGGCCUCGUGGCUUUCUCCCCCGGGCUGUGCGCCUGGAAGAGGGGCCCGACCUGCGACAUGCAACCGGCCUUGAACCGACAGCGGACGGCUGUGUGUGUGCGGUUAACGCGACCUUUCACAUGUGAGACCGGAGUACAGGGCCGGAGGCUGUGCAGGAGGAGGGUCGUGUUCGCCGGUCAGAAAUACAGACUGUUCUGCUCACGGCCCGGAGCCGAGGGACCCCCGAAGGAACGACCCGCUAUCUCUAUAGUGGGCAUCCCGGACCCCUUAACAUUCAUCCGGUGCAGAGUCAUUAUCCUUCUCGUUGAUCUGUACUUUCGGAUAGGCGUCAGUACAGAGGAGUUUGACAGAGGAUCGAGACAGGUAACAGCUGAAUGUCAACAGGUUCAUACAGAGCUACUAACCCCUGAACACCAUCAGACCUGUUUACUGUCUCUCAUCGUCUUUGCAUGAAAUUUAAAUCAGGGUUCAGGUGAGUCCACAGAGGUUUCACAAGGUCAAAACUCAGUAGAAAAGGGGCCUGAUUUAGAGGAAUCAAACCACAGAAUUUAGACUUGUUGUGAUUAGUAAAAAGAGCACGCCGUGACACAUUAUGGGAGUAUGUAGAGGAGAUAUCUCAAGAAUUACCCAGACUGAUGCUGCAUUCACAAGUUCCUCACAUGGUCUUAUUUCCUGAAUUGAGAAGCCAUUUUUGCCAGCUCAGGUGUGUUCGCAGGUUUUAGUCCAAAUGGUAGCCACAGUGAGGACAGAUAUUCUCCAUCCUGAUGCAGGAGAAUAACCUGUUGUCCUUUCUCCCAGGCUUUGGUCCAUGUCUCCUCAAUGAUGUCCAGUGGCUGUUACGACAAAUUGGUGGGGAUACUAUCCAAAGAGGUAACAGAUUAUUCACAAACUACAAUAUUAUCCAGGUUAGAAAUAAAUGAACUACACAAUUUAUUUAUUUUAGAUUAUUGGGUUACAAUAGAAAAGUAAUACAUUGUUCAAAAACGGAUUCACAUUCAUCACAAGAGUCUGAAAAUGAAAAGUGGUCCGUCUGUGUUGGUUUUUGUUGUUGUGAUCUUUCUGUCGUUUCAGACGAGAGAACAUGUGGAGGAGAGGUGCAGAUCUCUCACUGAAGCUCAGCAGCAGCAGCUCGCCGUCACCUUGGAUGAUAUUGUAAUUGGGUUGCCAGAAGAUGUGUCUGUAGUCUUCGAUAAUCACGGUGAGUUUUCUUCGGUAAGUUCUUGUGCGUCACAUGAACGGACUGAUAACAGUGACCGAUCUCACAGCGUUAGCUACAGAAAGCAUUCUGUCACUUUUCGUAACGGUUCAGUUAUAAAUUAUUAUAAAGGAAGAAAAACAGUAAAUGCUACAAUAAUUUAUAAAUAUAUUUUGGGGUGUUGUUCAGGAUGACAGUUUUUGAGAUGCAGAGCAGUUAAAUCUGCAGAAUUAAGAGUGUUGAUUUUGGUGUGUUGGUAUGCAGUAAGUUGCAUCUCCAUAGUCAGAAUUCUGUACAGGCACCAAAAUAAUCAACUUGUACUGUCCAAUUUUUGGAGCCCUUCUAGUUCACCUCAAAGUGCAAUGACUGAGAGGGAGAAGGAAAGGGAAUGUACUGAUUUAAAUUAUGGCCCGACCGAUAUAUCGGUGAGCCGAUUAAAUCUGCCAAUUUUAGCCCGUUUGAGACUAAUCGGUUAUCAGCCAAAACUCGACGAUUUUCGCAGAUAUUUUCAGAAAUAAAAUGCGGAGAAUAAGAUUUGGUUUCACAGAGUGGUCGCCUCAACGGUAAAUAAACCAGCUUGUGAAAUACACAAUAAAUCAACAAGUUUCAGUUCAACCCACUUCACGAUGUUCCCCGCUGUGCUGGUCUCGGUCAUGCAGAGUUAACACUUUUCACUUUUCUGGUCCGAGUUUGAUCAGUCGGUCUUCCUGUCGGCGUGAAGAGCAGUAGCCUACAGUAUAUCUACAGUAUAUAUGUAUUUUGUUAUAACUUCCUAAAAAAUUUGAAAAAAUCAGCCGAUUAAUCGUUAAUCAGAUUUUUUCCCCCCUAAUAAUCUGCAUCGGCAUCGGCCCAAAAAAAUCCAUAUCGGUCGAGCCCUAAUUUAAAUAUCUCUCAACCUGAUUUCACUUCAUCAGUGCAUCAUGACUCCACUGUGUACAUGAUUUAAUUCAUAUUAGGAAAUCCUUUCAGGUAUAAUAAGCUGUCAGAGCACUUUAAACCUGGUUUGUACUUCCUGUACUACCUGUAUCACAGCAGUCCCCUGUCCUCUGAUUCAAGCGGCUGUGUAGUCCAUCUACAACAACUCCCCUCUUUGCUUCUAUGAAUUAACUACAGAAUGAGAACCCUCACCUUUGAGUGACUCCAUAAUAAGGUUGAGCUUGUAAGACAAGGUGGGAUACAGACUUAUUUACUUAAAAGCAGAAUCAGAGUCUGGUAAUAGCCUCUCAGUAGCACAUAUCUAAUGUUGGUGGAAAUAAAAAUGUCUGACUGCUCAUGAGUGGCAGGACCAAAGCAAUUACACAACAAGUACUGUGCAGUACUGAGGAACAGAGCAUCAGUUCUUUAACCUGAAAAGGUGACCUACGCUGAUAAAGUUCAGUGUCCUGUCUCACCUGCAGGCACCCACAUAGCCAACGAGGUCUAUCAAAAUUCACACACUGUCUGCUCCUGUCCAUGUCCUGGCCGCUCUCUAAUUCCUGUCAUGAUCUUACAGGUAGAAAGUUCAUGUCCCUCACUGUGAGGUUCUGGUAUCUAUCAACACACGAAGGUCCUGAAGACCCAGAGGGCACAAAGAUCUUCAAAGUGGCCUCCAGUGAAGACGGCAGCCCGCAGAAGAAAAUGGUCACAGCGGUCUAUGAGUAAGCACUCAGCUCAUCAUCCGCAAACACUGCAAACAUGCCAUGCAUCCAAAAGUAUGGAUUACGAUCAAAUCUUCCCUCAUUCUGCUGCGACAUAUUCAAAUCUAUUUCAUGCAAUGUGUGCCGACUUUCUUCUUAAAACUCAUCUUUGAUCAUUAAUUUGCUCAGCUGUUGUGUGCCAAAAUCUCUGUUUGGUUUAUUUCCCCAUAUAGAGCAUGCUGAAUCACAAUCAAAAAGGUACAAAUAUUUACUCAGACAGAUAAUUAUAUGUUGGCAGGAGCUCAGAGUUACCUGCAGGCUUCCCAACAUAUGGCUCCUCUAUUUUUGUUGGAUGGAGCGAGAGCUGACAGUGGCGAGUGAAAUAUACUCUAAAGAGUCGUAUGUGGGUGGAUGAGAGUUCAGCUAAUAUUUGAUGCCUUAAUUGAGGAGACGGUAAAUAUGACACAUACUGUAUUCACUGGUCAACUGCCACUGCAGUGUUAAAGAGCUGCAAAUAAUAAUAGCAUUCAUUUAAAAAUCUUUCACAAAAGCCAGACAAGAUCGUCCUUUUCCAACCCUACUAUGAAACACAUGAAUGCAAUCCCUCUGAUACAAACAGCCACUGUCUCAGAUUGUCUCAUCACAACAAAUGCGAGGAUUCAGGAAGGUAGGAGAGGCUGUCCCUGUAGUCACAGUGUUUAAAAAUAAGCAUUCAGCAAUAUCAUGACUCAGUGGCAGUGGUGCUUAAUGCUGGUUGCCACAUAAAAAAACUGUAGCAUCCCUCUGAGAAAAGACACUGAUGUUAAAGAUGGCUGUGAGUCCGAAAACAAUGUUGGAGCUCGUGCGUUUACUUCAGUCUGACUAUAUUUUAACUGUUUUCAUUCAGUUCUGAGAUUUACAUUUUACCAAAAGUGGUAUAUUUCAAAAUAAAAGCAUAGUUUGACAAUGUUGGAAAUAAAGAGACUGAGAGACAGAAAGAAAAAUCUAAAUAAAAGCCUGAAAAACAGACAUUUUAUGAGGCGGUGUCCUCUCUAAAUAAGUGUCUGUGAUGUGGAUCAAUCAUAAAUCUGAACAUCAUUAGAAAUUGAUUAUGACAAAUAAAUUGCUUGUCCUUAUUAGUUGAGUAAUAAUAAUAAUAAUAAUAAUAUCUUACAUUUAUAUAGCGCCUUUCAAGAUACCCAAAGCGCUUCUCCGCACGUCUUGCCUUUCUUUAGUUUGACUUCUUGUGACGCUUUAAUUUUAAAUUAGCUGGAAUUUGUUUUUGAAAAUAAACUUAAAAUAAAACUGUAGGACGUACGGCAGCUCCAGAUGUUAAAUCUGUUCAAUAUCUUCUAUAUAUCUGAUAUAGAUAUCUAAUAUAAUAUCUAAUAUCUAUCUGUCCCAGUUCUCAUUUAGCUUUUUAAACAACAGAUCGGUUGUUGUGCAGAACCAGCACCACUCUUGACUCUGAUCUUGGUUUUUGUUGGCACUGUCAGGUAACGGAGCACUGUUUUAGCUUCGUGGUUCAAUCACACACUCGUGUACAGCCCUCAAAAGCGGGCAGCAAGAGUUCAAUUCCAGCUUUCUCUUUCCAGUUUUCUGCUCCAGCCACAUCCUGUCUCUCUAAAUAAAAGCGUAAAAGCCUAAAAAAGUAUUUUAAAAAACCUAAUGGGUAAGGUAACAUCUUUGCUACAGCUGCAUGGUGUUGCUGGGUAGGUUUCCUUUUUCCUUGUUGUGCUCAAAAGGCAAAUACACAAAGGAAUACAGUAUAAUGGACUCUUGCACAAGUGAAAAAAAGAGACAAGCCGCCUCUUUUCUAUGUUGCUUCAUUUAUGCCAACUGGAUGUAUGAAUUCUGGGGUAUCGUGAAAAAGCGUAUGCAAAAACAAAAGUCCAAUUAUAACACGAUGUUUGCUUGUUUACUGUCAAACGUUGGGAAAAAGGCUCCAUCACAUGAAACAAUAAACAAAACUAUUUGUCCUUGGUAUUUAAGUUUGUCGCUGCUGUUCUCUACAGUGCCAGUCUGCCUCUUGUACCCAGUGCCAAAUCUGAGAGCAUUAUAUUGGCUCUCAGUUGAAAUAUAACAAGUGUGAAAAUUGAUGAAAGAGAUGCGCCACAGUCAACAAUGUCAUUAUUUAAAAGCUUGAUGAACCCAGUGAUGUUUAGACUCUGUGCCUGCAGCGUACCUAAGACCCUCCUUUACAAAAAGGAAAAGAACUCCCUAAGCCUGGAGUUCAAUCUGGAAUUAUUACCAACUGCUAUGAGACACUGACAGAAUUUAAGGUUUUAAACACUCAAUAAGAAAUAACUGAAACUAAAGCAAGUCUGUGAACACCAACUUUACAGUUUGAAGUCUUAAAUCACAUACAAGCGUCUAUGCAUAACUUGUGCUUUUAUUUUGAAAUAUGGCACUUUUGGUAGAAAGUAAGUUACAGACCUGAAUGAAAAACAAAUAAGGCGAAAAAGACGCGUCCCGGGUGGACAUGAGAAGACUGACACAACAGCAGACUGAGUGUUUUUCAGUUCUGAUUAGACUCUAGUGUUGAGAUGUCUGUCGGUCAUGAUAGCAUGUACUGAGUCGGGGCCAGUACCAGAUAAACACAUGAAACUAUAAUCCAUAAAUGUAAGGUAACAACUGAGACCUAAUGGUGCUGUGACAGCAACGCGAUUGAGUUUGAGACAGUGAAAAUACAUAUGGUAUGUUGUAUCUGAACAGGUUAGCUUACGAGCUAAAGUUACUUAGCACAGAUGAAAGUUAAAACAAAGACGUUUAGCAAACUGUUAAAGCACACAAACCAUCGUCAUAUGAGGAAUCCGACGCUAUGACUCUCCACAAGUUGUCCUUCAGGUCGUUAUCUUUGUAAUAUUUGUGUUUUUUUUUAAAAGCACUCUGUUCUCCGACACGUGAACAAUCAGCCGGUCGGCCAUGUUGGAUAUACCGGUGAAUCAGACGUCACAACAACACGAAAUCUGAUUGGUCAGAAGUGGACACACAGUAUGUGAAACUUAAGAAAAUUCGACCGUGAUACAAAAAAAAUAAAAGCCGCAAUAUCACAGGAUGGGAAUCCAUCACUGAUGUGAACGCUUGUAUUGACAGGAUACGGGUUCAAAAAACAAUAUUGACUUCCAAAAUAAUUGCACAAAAAAAACGCUGCUGGUGUGUAAGGACCUUAAUCCUGGAACAUCAGGUUUUUACGGUGUCUCAUCGUCUCUCAGAGGGCUGCUACAGUUAGCUUGCAAGCAGUCUGCCACUUAAGACAGUAAAUAACAAUAGCCCUAGUCUCCAUCUUUACAUAACAACAUCAGAAUUGCUGCACAUCAACUGUUACCUUCUUCUGCUGCUCAACGUUUGUCGGCUACACUCAGUUGCCAUGGUUUCAGAGGAUGUUCCAGGACCAGAAACUGGCGAUAUGGCUAGCUCAGGCAACACAUUAACAACGCUCAAGUAUGUAGAGCUCUUGACGGUCCAUUACAGCGUGGAGUCAGCGCACAAAUAUAACCCAGGCUUAAAGGUUUGAGUAAAAGUGCUUCUGUUACAAAAGGGGAAUAAUUUCACCACCAGUUCAAGUCCCUUUUCCUUUAUAAUCAGUUAUCCAGUUGGUUGAAGGACCACAUGCUGUGGCUGUUGUACCUAAUGCCCACUUAUCUAGUUAGCCAGAUUCUCUUUCUAUUGACUCUGGUCUUAGAGCUGCCUCAGAGAAAGCCUAUUAAACUUCAAAGGUUAUCCCAAGAGUUAGCAAACACUUAGACAGGAUAAGGGCGCCAGUCUACUUGUAACUCUAAACUGAACUGAAGACACUUUUUUGCAUGUUUUAUUGCAGCUUGGAGACUGGUGAUGUUAAAAUGAUGAGCUCUUUUUGAAAUUGUCUGUUCUCUUCCAGAUUCCACAGAGAACUGACGAAGGGUGCUCCUCCUGAUUGGACCGUCACAACUGUUUGGCACUUUCUCUGGGAAAAAAAAACUGAGUGAUAUGACUUAACACUGGAAGGCUGUUUCUGGACUGAAGCUGGACCACAGGUUGACUCUCUUUUAGGAUAAAACAAAACAGGACCCAUAGUCAUACCUCUGAAACUGUGCAGACACCCGAAGACCUCAACAAGGAUCUUCUUACUACUUGAAGAUCAUGAUUAGAUCCUACAACGCCUUGAAAAUCCCAUUUCAGGGAUUCAACUGUUAGACAGCCUACCGCACCAGUCCUCUGAAUCAACUGUAGAACUCAUUCUGGUUUCACGUCAGACAUGAAAAUAUGUUUUUUCUUUCCUUUUCUAAAAGCAUCCGUUAAAUUUGAUGUAAUAAAAUCUGUCACUUCCAGUCGGUCAAUAUACAAGGACUUUUACCUGAACUUCCAUCCUCUCCCUGUAGUCCUCUUGUACAAACAUAGAGGGCUUAUUCGCCAUCACCAUACCGACAGUAAGUAAGCAUCAUGGUCUGAUGAUAAGAAGUGCUUGGAUACGGACAUGAUUGCAACUAGGAAUGUGCCCGUUAAACUAAGAUUAAUUGCUGUCACCAUCACCAGUCUGCACCAGAAUUACCCGUCAGUUAAACCCAUUAUUGAUAUUUCUAUUCCUAAUGCUCUACCACCCAGAUAUAAACAUCUACAGUACGGUACAAUGUGAGUUUAUCUAUAAAAUGAGGAUGGCGUUUUAUGUAGGCUGUGUCUGCUUUAACUGGGAUAUGACUGACCGUAGGAAAGCAUUACCUGCAGAGGCGCGUGGAUGUUAGCCCACAAGGAGGACCAAAGGCUGAAGGUGCAUUACGGUCACUGUAGCUCAAGUGAUGGCAAAGAAGCUCUAUGUAUGAAACAUACAGGGGGAAACCAUGAUAUGCAAUCUUACGUUCCAGAAAAAGCUAUGAAGUAGGACUUUCUGUUUCAAAAACACGCUGUUACCACAGUCCAGAAUGAAAUCCAGCACUCAACUCUGUUCAGCUUGUUAAAGCCAAUAUGUUGCAUCAAUAAACUGCUUGAUUCUGGCACUUCAA